AUGCAUACAACAUCAAAGAAUAGUAUUCAACAACGACCAUUAUUUUUACAGAUGUGUGUCAUCUGUUUGCAUUUAACACAACGUUUUUUGGCAGUACGUUUUUUUGUUGGACUUUUUACUGGUAUUAUUUUUACAAUAAUUAUUUAUCAUCUUCACGAACCAAUAGAUAAACAAAAAUUCCGUCCUGAUCAAUCGAAAUUUGAAUAUGAAAAAAAUCAAUUAUCAUUUGAAGAUAUUAAUACAAGUCAAUCAUCAAUGUGGAAUAGUUCUUGGGAUGGUCUUAAAAGUGAAAAUGGAUGGCCACGUCAUUAUUAUUUAAUUCGACAUGGUCAAUAUUUUGAUAAUGCUCGAACAUUAAAUGAUAUGAAAUUAACAUUACUUGGUAAAGAACAAUUAGAAUAUACAGGCAAACGUUUAAAUCAAAUGAAUAUAAAAUUUGAUCGUCUUAUUCAUUCUGGUAUGGUUCGUGCAUAUGAAAGUGCUAUUAUAAUUAAUCAACAAUUUGAUUCAAAACUUGAAUUAAUUGAAGAUAAAAAUUUAUCAGAAGGUUUACCUGUUGCACCUAUUCCAUAUGCUGGAAUUUCUCAACGAGAUGUUGAUGCUUUUGGUGAUAGAGCAAGAAUUGAUGCAGCUUUUACAAAAUAUUUUCAUCGUUCACAAAAAAAUCAAUAUAAAGAAACACAUGAUAUUAUUGUAUUUCAUGCAAAUAUUUUACGUUAUUUUAUUUGCAAAAUUAUGCAAUUUCCAAUUCAAGCAUGGUUAAGAAUAACAUUAAAUCAUGGUUCAAUAACACAAAUAGCUAUUUUAAGUGAUGGAAGUGUUCUAUUGAAAAGUGUUGGUGAUAGUGGUUUUAUUCCGGCAAAUAAAGUGACAUUCUAG